UCUUCUUCUUCACCUUCUACUUUCAACUAUCUGCUACCACGCAUUACUGUAACUACAAUUACCCAUCCCAAAAACACACACUAAACCCUCCCGAAAGAAUACACAAUCUUCACGAUCCCUAACCCCCUUUUCACUUCAAAUCUAUCGACGUGAUCACAAUUGCAAUCGAUCUUCUUUUGAUCAAUCCGGUUAGUUAAUUGCAUUUGUGUUCUUUCUUUGGAACAGAAGAUUGGUGAGAGAUGGAUGAUAUCGUGUCGGAAUGCAAGGUAAUUCUCCAAUUGGUUGAUAUUGAUUGAGGGUAAUGUCAAUUGAGUUCUUGAAUAUGAAUUUUAUUGUGUUAAAUUUUCCCUUUCGAUUGGUUUUUGAAUACAUUAUAUUGAUCGGGGAUGUUAUUAGGUUUUUUUGCCCAUAAUGUCUGAAAUCGCGCAGAGAAAGAUUGGUAUUUUUAGAAUCAUAUGUACGUAUCUAUGUGUUUAUGGGUGUAUGAAUUUCUAUCUGUGUGUGGGUAUAGAAGAAGAAAGGGAAAGACAAUAGUUGGUGCACAUUUCACCUCCAUUGCUUUUGUACUCGAGCAGGUGUAAUGCAAGUACAACUCUAGCAUGGCGAGAAAAGAAUGGCUCGUUUCAGAAUUCAAGAGCUUAAGGAUGUCCUCAGCCAACUUGGUGUUGCAAAGACAGGGAGGAAGCAGGAACUCGUAGAUAGGAUACUGGCUUUGCUUUCUGGCGAAGAAGAUAUUCAUGGUCCAAAGAAUAAAUUUAUUCGAAAGGAAGACGUGGCAAAAAUAAUUGAUGACACUUACAAAAAAAUGCAGCCUACAGGGGCAAAUGAUCCAGUAACUGGUGGACAUUGUGUCUCUGACAGCAGCAGCAUUACACCUAGAGAGGAAAUUGUUGAUCAGAAAAUUCGUUGUCCUUGCGGCAGUCCACUGAAAACUGAGUUCAUGAUUCAGUGUGCAGAUCCACAAUGUCAUGUUCUUCAACACAUUCACUGUGUGAUUAUCCUAGAUGAGUCUACCGAGGGAGUUCCAGAUGCUCCCUCUCAACAUUAUUGUGAACUUUGUCGAAUCAACCGGUGUGACCCAUUUUGGAAGACUUUGGCACACCCUUUAGAUCCUGUGAAGCUCCUUGUCUCAAGUACUCCAGAUGAUGGUUCACAGCCACUACAGAAUGUGGAAACAAGCUUCCAAAUUACAAGAGCAAAUGUACAUAUGCUGGAGAAUGCAGGAUACGAUGUACAGGCGUGGUGCAUUCUUCUCAAUGAUAGUGUUCCAUUCAGGAUGCAAUGGCCACAAUAUCCUGAUCUAAGAGUCAAUGGCAUCCCUGUUAAGACGAUCAAUAGACCUGGAUCAAAGAUGCUUGGAGCCAAUGGUCGUGAUGAUGGUCCAUCGAUCUCGUUGUUUCUAGUGGAGGGAUGUAACCAGAUCUCUUUAUGUGGUUCUGAUGCUCGAACUUUUUGCUUGGGUGUCAGACUAGUGAAGCAACGCACAGUUCAUCAGGUUAUCAACAUGAUUCCCGGUGAACAAGAAGGUGAAUCCUUUACUGAUGCUGUUGCCCGUGUUUGUCGUUGCAUUGGUGGAAUGGCUUCUGCAAAUGAUGAUAGUGACAGUGAUUUGGAAGUUAUUGCAGACAAUGUCACAGUUAAUCUGCGUUGCCCUAUGAGUGGGUGUAGAAUGAAAACUGCUGCUAGAUUUAAAGGAUGCGUUCACCUUGGAUGUUUUGAUCUCCAAACUUUUGUUCAAAUCAACCAGCGGUCUAGAAAGUGGCAAUGCCCCAUUUGCCUAAGGAACUAUUCCUUGGAGGACAUUAUCAUCGACCCCUAUUUAAAUCGUAUUGUGAAGAUGAUGCAACAUUGUGUCGAAGAUGUAACUGAGAUUGAUGUGAAGUCUGAUGGUUCGUGGCGUGCAAAGAUUGGACGCCCUUUUAUGGAUCUUGAACGAUGGCACCUUGCAGAUGGAUCAUUGUGUAUAUCUGAAGUUAAAGUCGAUUCAAAUAUGGAAGUUCCUGCUGGAAAAAGUGAACACCAUGCAAAUGGGCAUGGAGUAUCAGAUGUUGGUUUACCUCUGGGAAAUCAGUCGGAAGAAUUUAUUACAAACUAUGGGCAAGAGAUAAUAUCAAUGAGCAGUGGUUCUUCUGACAAUAUGAAAGAAGAUGAGUUUGAAAGUAUCAACCAUCAUGGUACUAACCAAUUUGAUAUCACAACGAACAAAGACAGCAUGAUGGAGUCUGUGCCAUACAACUAUAACCAAACAUCUGGAAUCACCAACAGAAGUUCUUCUUCGUCACUUGGAGAUCCAAGUGUCAUUGUUCUUAGUGAUUCAGAAGAAGAGAACGAUGAUAUGGUUUCUCCAACAGGAGUCCCCUUACUUGGCCCACCCAAUGGUAGUUCUAGUUCACUCACUGCUAAUCCCGAAACGCCUGUUAUGCACUCGGGAGAUGCUGUACUUCCAGCUGGUUUAUCGCGUCCGAGUGGGGACGUUAAAGAAUCUGGUCACAUGAGUAAUAGCAAACGGCAAGGUGGCCCUUUCACAUUUCCUCGCCAGCCAAGGACUGUAAGAAGGCAGCAUGGGACAAGAGAUGUACCAGGUGCCUAAAAAGGUCGCAAAUGGCUCAAGGAAGCAGGUGCAUGUAAUUUAAGUUCGACUUCUUGUUUCUGGAGGAUAGUAGUAGUAUUUCAAAAUGGACUACAGUAGGUAUAGAUUCAUCUUUUUUGUAAAUCGAAGAUAACCCACUUUACAAAUCUUCGAAUCUUUGUUUUUUCAGCAGCUCUGUAAAUCCUCAUAGCAUCUUGUACAUAUAGCAUUUGGCUUAUGAUUUUUGAUUAGUGGUCCUUGUGCACAUUUGCGUUCGCUUC